ACAAAAAUGCGGGUUUGUUUGCACUUCUGCUACUUUGAUUUGCUGGAAUUAAAAACAACAUUAGUUCAAAGACUAUAGCGGCUCUGGUAACUUAAGUUAAUCGUUACGAUUAAUUUAGGAUUAAGAGGCGAAGUGACGAUGGAGGGUAUGGACCUGGACGUAGACCAGGAGCUCACGCAGAAAUUUAGUUGCAUGGGCACAACGGACAAAGACAUCCUCAUCUCGGAGUUCCAGAGGCUGCUCGGCUUUCAGCUUAACCCCGCCGGAUGCGCCUUCUUUCUGGACAUGACCAACUGGAAUUUACAAGCAGCCAUUGGAGCCUACUAUGACUUUGAGAGUCCUAAUAUCAGUGCGCCAUGCAUGUCACUUGUGAAAGAUGUGACUAUUGGUGAAGGGGAAUCAGUUCCGCCUGACACACGUUUCACCAAGACCUGGAGGAUACAGAACACAGGUGCAGAGUCUUGGCCUCCUGGGGUUUGCCUGAAGUAUGUUGAAGGAGAUCAGUUUGGUCAUGUAAACAUGAUAACGGUCCGGUCUCUAGCCCCUCAGGAAAUGACGGAUGUGAGUGUGCCUAUGCAUAGCCCAGGCUCUCCUGGUAUGUACCAGGGCCUUUGGAGAAUGUGUACAGUGACAGGACUUUACUAUGGAGAUAUUAUUUGGGUGAUCCUGAGCGUGGAGGUCGGCGGCCUUCUUGGUGUCACACAGCAGCUUUCAUCUUUCCAAGCGGAGUUCAACACCCAACCUCAUCGCAACGUAGAGGGAGAUUACAACCCCUUCGCCUCACCGGAGAAAAGCAAAUGGCCCAACGGCAACAGCGACCUCCACCACGAUGGCAGCCAUAAAGUCUCAGAGGAACACUGGCAGGGGAGCCCAAACCAGUUGCAGCCAGAUCAGAAUGGACUUUCACACAACUCUGUGGACAUAGUAGCAAACAGCCUACAAAGCAAUCUGUCAAUAGUCACUUAUAACCAGGUUUCAAGUGGGAUUAAAUUAAAGCCAAGUGUUCCCCUCCAACAGCCUGAGCCCACAUUUUGGCUUGACAAGUCUGCACGAGCUCAGUUGUGAUAUUGUAAAUGAAAAUCCUUGGUCUGUACACUUGAUGUUGCCUAACUUGUUCUUUCUCAUUACAGGGUUUACAGGAGCCUUCCCCGUUUGGUCACUCAUGAAUUUUGGGACUAGUUCUAGAGAAGCUGCAGUAAUAAACGCCUCUGGAGCCUACCACGUGGAUGAGAGAAGGAAGAGGUUCUUCUAUCAGUUGCUGCAGGAAAGUCUGUAAUCAAUUUAUGCAAAGCAACUGUACCCUGCAGCGGCACUCUUGAGCAGCAGAGGUCUCUGAAGUCGGAUCCACCGACAUCCCACCACCACUGUAUGCUCACGUGAAUGCUAAGUUAAAAAGUAGCGCAAUUGAGUCUUUUGAGUGAUCACUUUUUUUUUCUUCUUUUCAUACAAUUUAGUAGUCGGACUGCAAAGUUACGUGUAUUGGUCAAAUUGGGUGUGUAUUCUUGUGAGUGUGAGUUCAAGGUGAAACCUUGGAAGAAAAGCCAUUUAUUUUGCCAAUUUAUUCUCCGGUUUCCGCUUUGAUGGCCCAACGUAUCGAUUGCUUGGGUUUCGGGAAAGUUUCCCUUUAACAAAGAAAAAUAAUGUGGUCAUUACAUAAAACGCAUGUCUUAUUUUUUUAAUACACAGAGACUCCAGAAAAUAUGAAAAGCUUAAGCCAGAUAGUGUAUUUAUACACAAUCACCCACCCACCCAAUCGGUCACCCAUUAAAACUGAAGCAAUAGUUUCUGAAAUAGAAUACACUACAAUGAUCUUCCACUAGAGGGUGUCAUGUUCACUGUACUGGGCCGCUUCACACAGUUCGUACCCGAGUUUUUCAGCCACGUUUGAAUUACUGCGAGAAUUUAAUUUUUACAGAACUUAUAUUCUGCACUCUUUAGGAUGCCUCACACUGGUUUUCAUCAGAACUAGACUGGAAAAGCUAGUGUGGGAUGAUUGAACCCAAACUUUGGUUUGCUGUAUGGAAUUAAGUUAAAUAUCAAAGUAAUAUUCAUUGACUAAAAUCAAUUUUUUCACAAGUCAUCUGGUGAGGAAAUAUUACUAAAUAAGAGCCAUAGGCUUUUGAUCCAAUGUAGAGACAAUUUGGACAACGACCUUUUUUUCUGUGGAGCAUUCAAUUAAACUCAUGUAUCUUUUUGGGAGAAAGCCAGAAUAUACAGAGAAUAUUCACACAAUUAUGUGGAGAAGCUGGAGACUCCGCAGCGAAAUCUGAGAUUCAAACUCACAACCUUUGAUGUGCUAACAAACACGCGCUUCACCGUGCUGCCUUUGAAUUAUUUUCUUUAACGUGUAUGCUGUUUUAUAGUUGACACCUAUUCUAAUCAUGUCUCCAUCUUAUAAGCUCAGGAAUUGCGUGAUUUAUCGCAAUUCCCUAUCGACAGAAUCAAUUUAUCCAUAUCACCGGACUGCGGUUUUUAUGAACUGCAACGCAUUAUUGAAAAAAGUCAAAUCAUGCCCAUUUUCAUUUUAUAGCGCUUGCACAAUAUCCUUUAAUUUGAAUGUAUUUGAUGAAUGUUGAGAAGGAAAAAACAUUUGGCAAAAUGAUUAAAUAGCCCUCACAUUUGUGUUUGUGUUGAAUACUAUUCUGCAUCUUUGAUUUCCUUGGAUGGAUGCAAACAUCAUCAAUCCCGUCGUUACUUAAGAACAGACACGACAACAAUGGUGGUGGUGUCUUUUUUUUUGCUGCAUAUUUCGCAGCACUGGACUGGCUGAUCUAUGCACUGAGUAACAUGACCUCUUCAGGCUUGUGUGUACGUGCGUGUGCGCGUGUGUUUCUUCCUACAGUUGAGUUCCGAAGGGCUAAUUGACUCUGAGAGUGUUAGUUACAGCUAAUUUUAAGAGUACUUUGACUGGUGAGCAUCUUCCAUGCGGCUGCAUCUUGUGAACCCUAAAACCAGGGUGAACUUUGACAAAACCAGCUAACAGCGAAGCAUGCCAAAAAGAGAUAAAAAAUGGGUAGUGACUUGUCAAGUGCAAUGUGUUUUUGUCUGAAGUUACCAAUGAUGAGUUAUACAUACAGCAGCAUGCUUGAGGACGAGGGUGUGUUCAAAGAUUUUUUUUUUCUUGUAAGUUUGAUGAAUGUUUGUAUGAAUAAAUUAUCACUGAUAA